ACGCGCUCAUAUUUAAAUACUUCCUGCGCAUUAAAUAGGAUGGCGUCUGUGGUGUUGCGGCAAUUUCGAAGGGAAUAGUGAGUUUUGAAAAUUUUGACAACGACCUCGAGAAUGGCAGAUAAUCAACAAAGUCGAUUUGAAAAAUCUCUUGGUCUGUUAACGACUCGUUUUGUCACUUUAUUGCAGAAAGCGAAGGACGGUGUUCUCGAUUUAAAAGUCGCUGCCGAUAUUUUAGAAGUACGACAAAAAAGACGUAUUUAUGACAUUACCAAUGUUCUGGAAGGUAUUGGUCUCAUAGAAAAGAAAAGCAAAAAUAGUAUCCAAUGGAAAGGGGCAGGCCCAGGAUGUAACACUCAAGAAGUUGGUGAAAAAUUAACUGAUUUAAAAGAUGAGAUUAGAAAAUUAGAAGAUCAUGAGCAAUUAUUAGAUAUGCAUACCCAAUGGAUUCAACAAAGUAUAAAAAAUAUAGAAAAUGAUUUAAUUAAUAGGAAAUAUGCAUACAUUACGUAUGAAGAUGUUAAAGAAAAUUUUCCUGAUGACUUUGUAUUAGGAAUUCAGGCUCCUCCCGAUACAGAAUUAAGUGUACCACAUGUAAUGCAGGUAUUACAUUCUUUUAAAAGAGUUUAUAUUGUACUUCAAAUAUAUGUUAUUAUAUGUUUUUACCAUUAGACUCCUGAAGACGAAGACAAAGAAAUAAAUUAUGAAAUGUUUCUGAAAAGUACUUCAGGAGAAAUUAAGGUAUAUAUGAUUCAACCAGAAUUAGCUAAAACAUAUGAUAAUAAAAUAUUAGAAAUGAGAUUACAAGAGGAAACGAAGGGUAUAAAAAGAGUAAAAGAAGAAGAAGAAAAGAAAGAAGAGAGUAAUGUUAAACCAAAGAGAAGAGUUGGAAGGCCUCCAAAGGGAGCAAGUAAACCUGAUCCUGUUAUAUCUGACGAAGAUGAGGAAGAUGAUGCAGAGUUAAUAGAAGCAAAAAUAGUACUUCGUGAUGUCAGCACGUCAGAUAUUGCUCAAAAAGACUUAGAGUUACUUGACCAAUUUUAUUCUGACAUUUACGGUCCAUUAGUAAGAUUAAGUCCACCACCCAGUGAAAAAGAUUAUCACUUCAACCUCAGUGAAAAUGAAGGAAUUUGUGACUUGUUCGAUAUUACAGCAAAAUGAGUAAUAAGCUGUAUAGUAUAAACAAUUGGGUGGUUUACAAUUCAGACUGUGCCAACAAUGUGUAAAAUUGCAAAAAAUCUAUUGACAAUUUCUAAAAGGUUGUUCUGUGUAUAUAAUUUUAAAGAAUGGAUGUGGAUAAUAAUCAUUGAAUACAUACAGUAUUUUUUUAUUAUUAGAAAUAGAAAAAUAACACAGAAUUAUAGAAGAAAUGUUUAUAACAGUAAAUUUUGUUGACUAAAAAUUUUAACAGGCUCUUGCAAUUUGUAGUACACGAUUUAUUUCAAUCAAUUUGUUUGCAAAUAUUAUCUUUAUUUUCAUGCACGCAAUGAAAUGCAUGAAAUAAAAAAGAAUUGUUUAUUUAUAACAAUUGCACAUAGAGAGACUAAUAAGAAGUCAAAUAUUUUUAUGAGUAAUGUAUUAUAAAAAAAAUUAGCAUCGUUUAGUUAAACUAUAUAAUCUUUUAUAAAUGGGUUUGAACAGAAUUUGUUUGAAACAUAAAAUGUAGAUCCUGUAUAACUGUAGGAAUUCGAUCUUUUACAAUUUAUAUAACAUCGCAAAAAUUUAUAGGAAAUGAUCCAAGUACAUAUAAUGUAUGUACUUUUAAUUUUUUGAUAACAUGUUUUCCGUGUUAUAUAUGUUACAUGUUAUAUGUUUGUUGCUACAGUGAAGAUCAUUUAAUUAAGUUUGUGAAUAUUAUAAUUAUUUAAAUACAAUGAAAUUGAAUAAAGAAAAGAAACAGAAACAAACAUACCAAGAAAGUAUAUACUUUAUAAAUUUAAGUACUGAUGUUAUACGCUGCACAGUUACAAAAGAAAAAUUAUUUAAUUAAUGAACAUUUUGUUUCAAACCUUUUUACAUCCUGUAUAACCUACACCAAUUAAAUUCAUUCACCUACACUUUAUUCCCGAUUCACUGACAUUAAAUAUUACGGUCUGGUUUCUUUGUGUAACAUUCUACUGUCAACAUGGUCAUUUUCUACUCGUCGAAAAGGCAAUGUCUAGUUACUUGCAUUAUAUGUAUAUCGAACUCAAAAAACUGUCGUAGAAAUGCGCGAAAUUAUCAAGGUCAGAUAAGAAUGGAUCAACUAAUUUCGUCACCUCGUGGUAGUUUAGCGUGUGCUGUCUAUAAGUUUCGCCUUCAGCCAUUGCCAGUAUACGCGUGUUUCCGUAGUAGUGAAUCAUUUCCAGAUGUGUCAACCUUACGUGACUGUUGUUUCUUACAUAUCCGCGGUGCAGCGAGUUUCCUCGCGUCACGUUCAAACAAACCGCGGUAACAUAAUCGACAGUUCGUCUCUUUACAAAAAAAAGG